UUUCUCCAAUCGAUGAACCAUAUUCAGAGUCAAAUGGAAAAAUUUCAGCCAGUAUUUCUGAUGAUGUUUCCGAUAUAGAUAUGGAAGAACCUACCACGAGUAAAGAUACAUCUAUCGAUUCAAGUAUUUCAGAUUCAAAUAAUAAAAGAGAUAGUCCAGAUGAUGGACACGAUGAAACACCUGAAGAAAAACGUGCAAGAUUGUUAGAAAGAAAUCGAAUUGCAGCCGCUAAAUGUCGACAAAAGAAAAAACAAGCUCAAGAGAGUCUUCAACAACAAGCGUCAGAUUUGACACAAAAGAACACAACAAUGCAUUCACUCGUAAAUGAUCUUAGAGAAGAGGCUUUAAAAUUGAAAAAUCAACUUCUUGCCCAUAGCACUUGUAAUUGUAAUGUCAUUCAAGAAUACGUACGAACAAGUGGGCAAUUCGCAUUUGCACGACCUCCAUAUACAAAGUAAAAAAAUU